AUGUUCCAGAUACGUUGCUGCAGUGGCAAAAGCUAUUGUCAUCCAUUGGAGAUCCACACCCACCAUGGCAUUGCUGCAUAUCUGAUGAGCAAAGAAUUCACGUUCAGUGCUGAAAGAAAAACCAAGAUCCAGAACAAAUGCACACAGUCACAUAUCACGUUUGUGAACACCGACAAAAACAUGGCAGAUGCACUCAACGCAGAAGAAGGACUGCCCCACUCUUGUGCUGAAAGAGCGGCACAAGAACUAAAACUGAGACCAGACCUGAAGAAUGAACCACUGACUAAUCCCGACCACUGGCUGUACACUGAUGAUUACUGCUACAAAGGAGAAGAAGGAAACACAGCAGCCUAUGCAGUGGUACAGCAACUCCCAGACGGCUCACAUGUGACCCUUGAAUCAGCCAUCAUCCCUCAACCAGCACCUGCCCAAUUAGCUGAAAUCAUCGGAUUGACACAGGCCCUCGCCAGAGGAAAAGGAAAGACUGUGAAUAUCUAUACAGACUCAGCCUAUGCCCAUGGAGCAGUCCACACUGAUGGACCCAGAACUUUUAUGAGAAGCACAUGGCCCCACACACGAAGGCAAACUAAAGACCCUUCAAAAGCACUCUCUACCCAGGUUCACAAGGUCCAGGAGGUGGAGCUGCCGGGGGACACGCCACCACUGAAGGUAAAGGUUGGUGAGUGGGUGAGGGUUAAAGUCCACAAGAGAAAGUGGCUGGAACCCAGGUGGACUGGACCGUACGAAGUGAAGGAGGUUACUUCACACUCAGUCCAGGUCAAAGUGGGUACUUCCCCGUGUCGGUACUUCCCCGUGUCGGUACUUCCCCGUGUCGGUACUUCCCCGUGUCGGUAUUUCCCCGUGUCGUUACUUCCCCGUGUCGUUACUUCCCCGUGUCGGUACUUCCCCGUGUCGUUACUUCCCCGUGUCGUUACUUCCCCGUGUCGGUACUUCCCCGUGUCAUUACUUCCCCGUGUCGUUACUUCCCCGUGUCGGUACUUCCCCGUGUCGGUAUUUCCCCGUGUCGUUGCUUCCCCGUGUCGGUACUUCCCCGUGUCGUUACUUCCCCGUGUCAUUACUUCCCCGUGUCGUUGCUUCCCCGUGUCGUUACUUCCCCGUGUCGUUACUUCCCCGUGUCGUUACUUCCCCGUGUCAUUACUUCCCGUGUCGUUACUUCCCGUGUCCCGGUUACUUCCCGUUGCUUGUCAUUACUUCCCGUGUGCUUCCCGUUACUUCCCGUGUCGGUACUUCCCGUGUCGGUAUUUCCCGUGUCGUUACUUCCCGUGUCGGUACUUCCCGUGUCGUUACUUCCCGUGUCGGUACUUCCCGUGGUACUUCCCGUGUCGUUACUUCCCGUGUCGUUACUUCCCGUGUCGUUACUUCCCCGUGUCGUUACUUCCCCGUGUCGUUACUUCCCCGUGUCGUUACUUCCCCGUGUCGUUACUUCCCCGUGUCGUUGCUUCCCCGUGUCGUUACUUUCCCGUGUCGUUGCUUCCCCGUGUCGUUACUUCCCCGUGUCGUUACUUCCCCGUGUCGGUACUUCCCCGUGUCGUUACUUCCCCGUGUCGGUACUUCCCCGUGUCGAACAGUGAGGUGACCACAGCAUGUGAUGGUGGUGUAGGGGAACAGAACAGUGUGAAACGGUUUCCUGUGACCAAGUUGACCGAGUCUGAGGAGAAUGCUGAUGAGAUGCUGAGAAAGAUCAGACCAAUGAAGAGCAAGAGCCAGCUGGAGAACACUGACAGACAGGACACAGUGGAUCAGAUGGUGAAGAGAUACGGCCCUGAGGGAAAUGAAUCGGCAGGUUCUGGCAGUGAAGUGUCCUGGAGGGCAGGUAGUUUGCCCCCGGUGAUGCGUUGUGCGGACCGCACCACCCGCUGGAGAGCCUUGUGGUUGAGGGUGGUGGAAUUGACAAUACUGUGUGUGUUUGUUUAUGGGUGUGUGUCGCAGGCAGAGGUCAACAGGGAUGAGCAGUCUGCCAGCAGCUCUUCUGGAUGGUUGACCCGGUCUGGAGAGAAGCAUCGUAUUCUGGAGAAUGAGAUCUCUAAGCUGAAGGAGAACCUGGAGGUGCUGAAGAAAACAUUGGAUGGUCCAGCUCUGCUACUGACCACUCUGGAGGAGAUGAACCCACACGAGCUGAAGACAUUUCAGUGGUAUCUGUAUAGGGCCUGGCUGCCUGGCUGUCCUCUCAUCCCAGAGAGUCAGCUGGAAAACACUGACAGACAGGUCACAGUGGAUCAGAUGGUGAAGAGACACGGCCCUGAGGGAGCUGUGAGGAACACACUUGUGAACCUGAAGUGGAUGAAUCGAGUAGACCUAGCAGAGAAGUUAGAGAGAGAUCACACUAGAGGUACUGCCUCACCCUCUCACUUGUCCUUAUUCCAACUCAGGCCCAAAUCCUUCUGUUACCCUUCAUGGCCUCCUUUCACUCCAGCUCCUCCUCCUUCCUUCCCUGGUUCGUCUAAGGAGUUGUGGUCGUUAACUUCAGCUGGUGGUUCAGGACAGCUCAGCUCACAGAGACCCUCCAUGUCGGAUGUUCCAGCUCUGCUGCUGACCAGUCUGGAGGAGCUCACUGAAGAACAGCUGAAGACAUUUCAGUCUAACCUGACUACGGUCCAGCUGCCUGACUGUCCUCCAAUCCCAGAGAGUCAGCUGGAGAACACUGACAGACAGGUCACAGUGGAUCAGAUGAUGAAGAGAUACGACCCUGAGAGAGCUGUGAAGAUCACACUUGUGAACCUGAAGUGGAUGAAUCGAGUAGACCUAGCAGAGAAGUUAGAGAGAGAUCACACUAGAGAUUCCAGCCCUGUCUUCUCCCAAGCCCUCUAUCCACCUAGUGUUGUCAUGGAGAAGCCUUCCAGGUUCCUUCCCUCCUCAGUACAGCACAGUUUACAGAGACCCCAGAUAUGGACUGUUCCAGCUCUGCUGCUGACCAGUCUGGAGGAACUCACUGAAGAACAGCUGAAAACAUUUCAGUCUAACCUGACUAGUGUCCAGCCGCUUGGCUGUCCUCCCAUCCCAGAGAGCCAGCUGGAGAACACUGACAGACAGGUCACAGUGGAUCAGAUGGUGAAGAGAUACGGCCCUGAGAGAGCUGUGGAGAUCACACUGAGGAUCCUGAGGGGGAUGAAGCGGGUAGACCUAGCAGAGAAGUUACAGAGAGAUCAUAUUAGAGCUGUAUCUACAACAGAAACAAAAUGGUGGAGCAACUCAUCAGACACUGGCAAUGAUGAAGAGAGAGAGAAGAAACAUGUCCACCUGGCUGGAAGUUCUAGAGCCUUGGACAGAGAGGCAGCAGGCAGCAAAGAAACUGGAAUCACAAAGGACAAAUAUGAACUGGUCACGAAACCUGCAGAGAAGAAAAGAGAAGCUCUGCUGCUGGCCACUCCGGAGCAGCUGAGCACAGACAAGCUGAAGAUAUUUCAGCAGGAACUGACUCCAAGCAAACAGCUUCCACCUUACCUGACUGGCUUUUCUCCCAUCCCAAAAACUCCGCUGGAGAACAAUGACAGACAGGUCAUAGUGGAUCAGAUGCUGAAGAGGUACGGCCCUGAGGGAGUUGUGGAGAUCACACUGAGGAUCCUGAGGAGGAUGAACCGGGAAGAUCUGGCAGAGAAGUUUGAGAGAUAUCACAGUAGAGAUUCCAGCCCUGUCUUCUCCCAAGCCCUCUAUCCACCCAGUGUUGUCAUGGAGAAGCCUUCCAGGUUCCUUCCCUCCUCAGUACAGCACAGUUUACAGAGACCCCAGAUAUGGACUGUUCCAGCUCUGCUGCUGACCAGUCUGGAGGAACUCACUGAAGAACAGCUGAAAACAUUUCAGUCUAACCUGACUAGUGUCCAGCCGCUUGGCUUUCCUCCCAUCCCAGAGAGUCAGCUGGAGAACACUGACAGACAGGUCACAGUGGAUCAGAUGGUGAAGAGAUACGGCCCUGAGAGAGCUGUGGAGAUCACACUGAGGAUCCUGAGGGGGAUGAAGCGGGUAGACCUAGCAGAGAAGUUACAGAGAGAUCACACUAGAGCUGUAUCUACAACAGAAACAAAAUGGUGGAGCAACUCAUCAGACACUGGCAAUGAUGAAGAGAGAGAGAAGAAACAUGUCUAUCUGUCUGGACGUUCUAGAGCCUUGGACAGAGAGGCAGCAGGCAGCAAAGACACUGGAAUCACAAAGGACAAAUAUAAGCUGGUCACGAAACCUGCAGAGAAGAAAAGAGAAGCUCUGCUGCUGGCCACUCUGGAGGAGCUGAGCACAGACGAGCUGAAGAUAUUUCAGCAGGAACUGACUCCAAGCAAACAGCUUAAACCUUACCUGACUGGCUUUCCUCCCAUCCCCAAAACUCAGCUGGAGAACGAUGACAGACAGGUCAUAGUGGAUCAGAUGCUGAAGAGGUACGGCCCUGAGGGAGUUGUGGAGAUCACACUGAGGAUCCUGAGGAGGAUGAACCGGGAAGAUCUGGCAGAGAAGUUCGAGAGAUUUCAAAGUAGAGGAAAGAAAAGGAGAACAAGUGAGGAACCAUCCUGGCCUGGUCUAGUUUCCAGGCGCGAAAAGAUUGAGGAGCAUUGUGUCCCAUUGACCGGCAGAGCCUCGUUGUUCAUCAAACAUAAGAAAACCACAAAGGUCGAGAUGGACAUUUCAACCAUCUUAGGGAGCCAACCGGAGAUGGCUAACAGUCUCAACGCCGAGGUAUCUGUGAACACCCAGGAGAACACACAGGAGAACACACAGGAGAAGACCCAGGAGAACACCCAGGAGAACACCCAGAAGAACACCCAGGAGAACACACAGGAGAACACCCAGGAGAACACACAGGAGAACACCCAGAGGAUUGAUGAUGAGGAGUUGGGAAGAGAAAGGGAUUCUCCUCUCUUCCUGGAUCACCAUCACAUGAGUUCUCCAGAUGAAUUUACACCUGAUAUCCAUGAUCAGGACAACAGGGGAGAAUACCAAUUCCAGUGCCCCAGUGCAGGUCUGUUCCAGUGCAGUAUAACAGGCCUGGUGUUCAGGAUGGAGGGAGAAGGAGAGGUGCUCUAUAGGACAGUCCACUGGGACAGGAGGCUUCUAUCCCAGAGUGGAAAGAGGCCUGCAGGACCCCUGUUCAAGUUUACAUGCGUUAAGGGGUCUGUCUGUCAACUACACCUUCCACACUGUGAGAUCUACAAUAGUGGUGGAUGUGACUUCCUGUCUGUAGCCCAUGUGACUGAUGAUGACAUCAUUGAGUUUCUCCCUCCUCUUGAGACAACAGACACACAUGUCAUAAUAAACAUCAGUGGAUUCUCUGCUUAUGGUGAAGUCAAGGAUGAAGACUCUCCCACCGUUCCUAUAAGAGCACUUGUCUUGUUGUUCUACAAAACCCCAGUUGUUCCUAAAAAGAGGUCCAUCCUGAAUGUGUUGUUGCUUCCCAGAAAUGUUGUGAUCAGGGAGGUGCAGGAGGAGUGGAAAAGAAGGAAUGGAGACAAAUACAUCUAUAUUGAAACAAAUCCUCGCUGCCAACUAACUCCAAAUAAAGAAUACGAGCUCUUCACAGAUCUUACAGAUGAAUAUCUAAUUCAACCAAAGGAUGCAGAAUUUGUGGAUUUUGAAUCCUAUGAAAACUACUUCCCAACAUUUCAGUUGUUCAUACAAACUGUUGUUGAGCAAGUUAAUCUUCUUCUGAAAGACAAUGGUGGUGAAGAAUCUGUCUGGGAUAGACUUGUCUGGCUUCCAGCCUCACCAACAGAUGUCCCCUCUACAGUUUCAGCUGUUUCCCCUGCAGACCCUCCUGCCAACCUCUCUGCCCCCCCUGGUAGAGCCUUCAUCAGAAGACACAGGAUGGCUCUAGAGACUCGCCUGGGACUCUUACAGCCCAUUUUCCUGCGUCUCCAGGAUCAUGGAGUUCUGAUUCACGAGGAGAGGGAGGAGGUGGACAGCAAAUCCACCAAGACCCUACAGAACCAAGCCCUGCUGGACAUGGUGGCAAGGAAGGGGUCUCGCGCCCAGGAACACUUCUACCAGGUCCUGAAGGAAGUAGAUCCCUGCCUGGUCGAAGACCUGGAAGAGCAGACAGUCUGAGAGGGAACAAUGGAUACAACAGCAUCAGGAUAUAUUAUAUCACUAUACUAAUACAUGCUCUGAAAGAGACAGACAGUCUGAGACAGGUAGCCAUGGAUACAACCUCACAACCUCAGAAGAUAUCAAAACAUUUAACAGAGCAGCACUUUGAGGAGGAGCCAUCCUGACCAGAGGUGGUUGGUGUGUAACGUGAUUGGACACCAUUCUCACCAGCACUCCCAUCAGUCUGUAGUUUACUAUACAAGCCCCAGGUCUCAGGCAAGAUGACAUCACUGUGAGGCUACUGUCUACCCGACAACCUACCUGUGUUACUCUGGUACACUGGCUACAAACAACAAGAUUUUUGAAUUUCUAUCUGGAACAUGGUGAAUGUUGAAUCAUCUUGGACAGGUCUCAGACAACAACAUGUGAGACUUAACAUCUACCAGACAACUGACUCGUACUGGACAGCUGUACUGGCUGAACACAAGAUGUAUCUCUGUUUAGAAAUAGUGUAUACAGUGGGGCAAAAAAGUAUUUAGUCAGCCACCAAUUGUGCAAGUUCUCCCACUCUUCUUGCUGGGCAACACAGACUUUCAACUCCCUCCAAAGAUUUUCUAUGGGGUUGAGAUCUGGAGACUGGCUAGGCCACUCCAGGACCUUGAAAUGCUUCUUACGAAGCCACUCCUUCGUUGCCUGGGCGGUGUGUUUGGGAUCAUUGUCAUGCUGAAAGACCCAGCCAGAACGGUGUGGUAUACAUAGCAGAACGGUGUGGUUUACGUAGCAGAAUGGUGUGGUUUACGUAGCAGAAUGGUGUGGUUUACGUAGCAGAACGGUGUGGUUUACGUAGCAGAAUGGUGUGGUAUACAUAGCAGAACGGUGUGGUUUACAUAGCAGAACGGUGUGGUUUACGUAGCAGAAUGGUGUGGUUUACGUAGCAGAAUGGUGUGGUUUACGUAGCAGAACGGUGUGGUUUACGUAGCAGAAUGGUGUGGUUUACGUAGCAGAAUGGUGUGGUAUACAUAACAGAACGGUGUGGUUUACAUAACAGAAUGGUGUGGUUUACAUGGCAGAAUGGUGUGGUAUACAUAGCAGAACGGUGUGGUUUACAUGGCAGAAUGGUGUGGUUUACGUAGCAGAACGGUGUGGUUUACAUGGCAGAAUGGUGUGGUUUACGUAGCAGAACGGUGUGGUUUACAUGGCAGAAUGGUGUGGUUUACGUAGCAGAAUGGUUGAUGAAUAGGGGAAACCUGUAUAUAUAUUUUCUAAGGCAAAUAUACUUAUAGGUUUCCACCUUCAUCUGGGUCUGGUGUUAGCUAGUUACUGGCUAGCUGGUUUUUCACCAGCAUGAAACAAACGUGGGGGAAGGGUAGCCCAAAACUCAGACUAAUUGUCAGGUCAUUACAUCAAGAGACAUGCCAAACAUGAGAGUCAUACAAACUUCUUGACAUCAUUGAUGGUCAUGAUAUAUGAACGUUGUCUGACAGUCAAUACACACUGAGUGGACAAAACACAGGCUCUUUCCAUGACAGACUGACCAGGUGAAAGCUACGAUCGCUUAUCAAUGUCACUCGUUAAAUCAACUUAAAACCGUGUAGAUGAAGGGGAGGAGACGGGUUAAAGAAGGAUUUUUUUAGGCUUGAGACAUUUGAGACAUGGAUUGUGUAUGUGUGCCAUUCAGAGGGUGUUUCCUAUGUGUAUCAACAGUGGUCCACCACCCAAAGAACAUUCAGCCAACUUGACACAACUGUGGGAAGCAUUGGAGUCAACAUGGGCCAGCAUCCCUGCGGAACGCUUUCCACACCUUGUAGAGUCCAUACCCCCAACGAAUUGACACUGUUCUAAGGGGGGCGCUACUCAAUAUUAGGAAGGUGUUCUUAAAUGUUUUCUACACUCAGUGUGUUUAUAUGUAAGGUACCCAGACCUCACCCUGUAAAGUUUCAACAAAAAAAUUGUCCAAGAUGAUCUAGCUAGCUAAAUUCCAUUUGGGUUAGCUAGCUAAAUUCCAUUUGGGUUAGCUAGCUAAAUUCCAUUUGGGCUAGCUAGCUAAAUUCCAUUUGGGUUAGCUAGCUAAAUUCCAUUUGGGCUAGCUAGCUAAAUUAUAUAGCCACCAUUAUUUCUUUACUGAUGCUGUUACAAUAACCAAACCAUUUGUGAAACCAU